GUGAAAAUCUUUUCUAAUUUGAAAUAUUACAUUUAGGACACCUUUCACGAUUCAACGUUUGUGUGAACUGAUCACUGAACCAAAAAAGUAUUACAAGACAACAGACAAAUUUUUGAGAGGAGUUGAAAAGGUACAUUUCAAGAUAUCUUUGAUAAUUAUUAAAGGAAUACCAAAUGAUUUUCCGUGCAGGAUUGGAAGGGAUGUGGCGAGACUUUCGGAAAGCGUAAAAAUACUCGAGCCACAGGCGAGUGUAUUUUUAUGCUGUCCGAAAGUCGAGCAACAUCCCAAGUGCAUGGAUCAUGCUAUCCUGCUUGGAAAACCAUUUGGUAAUUGUUUUAUAAAAUAACAACAGUGAAACAAUGACAUUUUGAGAAUCCCGCAAAAAUCCUGUGAAGGCAUUUUAAUUCCUCAUGCAGGAUAGCCUGAUCCUGCACGGCUCUUGACCAAUCAAAUUGCGUGUUUCACUGUAGUUAUUAUUAUGAUGUGUUGAAUAUUGUCUUUAUUAAAAUCUUUUGUGAAAUUAACUUUGAAACAAAUGAUAGCAAUAUUAAUUUUAUUACAACGAAGUCUCAAUGCUUCUUGCAUCAUUUUCAAGUUAAAGAUAAGAAUUAUUCGUGUUUUGCUUUAAUUAUAACGGUCCGCGUGUUCGUGUCACAUAAAGAAAUACUGCGAUUUCCAGUUGAGUAUGGAAUUGCGAAAGUUUGUUUGUCAAGUUUUGUCGUUAGAAACUUUAUUUCGUUUUGUAAUGAUUGACAGUUUUUAACGGUUUUUACUUGACAACAUUGUCUGCUCGCCUGGUAACAUUAUAGAAUGACGUCACAAACAUUGUUUUCAAACGACAAAAGUUAACGAACAAACUCUACGAACAAACCUUCGUAAUUCCAUACUCAAGUGGAAAUCGCAGUAAUUGCGCAAGCAUGCAGAAUUUUUACUAAAUGUGCAAGACAAAAAAUACUAAAAUAUUUUUUAAAAAACAUUUAACUAUUUACACAUAAGACAAACACGACAAACAAGAUUAAUUAACAAAUUAAUAUUAGGCAAAAAGCUUAGAAUUAUCGAGUCAGACUGAGUGUUCAAAGAUGGUUUCAGUUCCCUAAUGUAAAGCAUCUCGUAGAGAAGGCACUCAUACUUCCCUCAACACUUGCGCAGAAUCGAAAAGCAAUUUUCAAAGUUUUCAAUCCUUGAUGUGCUCUCUCCAUGUUGAUCACACAUAUGGAUUCCUACCACUGAUUCCCUAUGUUCAUCAAUGCGUUGAUGUAGGUGUCGACAAUUAAGUAUAGCCAGAACAUAAUCUGCAUCGCACAGAUCACAUUCAGGGUUCUCCAUAGUUGUGAGUGGGACAGGUAAAACAGGUUUUUCAACAGGUAUAAGCAUCAAGUCGCACCUAUACAAACCUCUAGGGGGUCUGGGGUAUACCAACGGAAAAUUUUGAAAUCUGAAAUGGCAUUUCCUGCAUUUUGAGGGAAGAUUUAAACUUUUAUAGAAUACUAAAGAUUAUAUUCUAAACACACGCCAAUUUAAUUACUCAGUCCUCAGGCCCACGCUGGGUUGAUAAUAUAAUCAUUCCGCCAAAAAAUUUUGUUCACAGAUCGGGUUUAUAGGAUAUUUCUGUAUUCAAUCUAUCGAUGCUAAAUAAUUAAUAUUGUGGAAUUUCAGCAAUACUUGAUUGAUUAAUUGAUUAAAGGAAUACUGAAUGGUUUUCCGUGCAGGAUUGUGUGAUCCAUGCACGAGGGAUGUCGCGAGACUUUCGGAAAGCGUAAAAAUACUCGAGCUGCAGGCGAGUGUAUUUUGACACUUUUCCAAAAGUCGAGCAACAUCCCAAGUGCAUGGAUCACGCUAUCCUGCUUGGAAAACCAUUUGGUAAUUGUUUUAUAAAAUAACUGCAGUGAAACUAUGACAUUUUGAAAAUCCCGCGAAGGCAUUAUAAUUCCUCGUGCAGGAUAGCCUGAUCCUGCACGACUAUUGACCAAUAAAAUUGCGUGUUUUACUGUAGUUAUUAUAUAAAGGAUUUUCUCACACCUUAUUACUAAUUAUUUCUUGACAAAUGUACACAAACGUAUAUUUAACUUGGGCUUCUCCAGGCGGUAAUCAGUGCUCGUGGAAACGGUAAAUUUUACCGGUUACCGCCUGAUAAGGAGAACCCUGCACAUUUAAAUUUGUAAACAGUGCAGUGAUGAUUCACAAGGGGCGGCUUCAGUUCCUGUAUCUUGACAUCAUCAUGAACCUUUCUGCUUGUGAACACCAGUCUUAUAUAUAGCUUUCCCUAUCAACGAUCCAAGACCUGUGAGUUGUCUUUGCACAAUAUCGGCCGAUUUUUUUAUCUUUAAACGGCAAGAUAAGGCACACCACGUUUUCUUGCUGUUUUGUUGAUGUUCCCUUCACCUCCUCCUUGAAAAUGAUGCAAGCAGCAUCUAAACGUCAUUGUAAUAAAAUAAAAUUGAAUAUUUUCUUAAUUGAAAUUCUUAUUAUUCUUGCAGAAUAUUAUGGUCGUCAGUACAGUACAACCAGAUGGCUCUCUCAUUACAAGGUAAUAUUAAAUAUCACAUGAAGAGUAUUCAAAAUCUGUUCUUGUUCAGGGAUGCACUGGUGGGUGGGUGGGGGGGGGGGGGCAGAGCAAGGAAUAACUGAAUUCCUUUGUGAUGUAUUGCAACAUGCUUGCUUUCCAAUUACUAUGUUGUUAUACAGCAAAAUUAUAUAUAAAGUGAUCAACUUUCAAGCAGUGGUAUUUACAAAUUUUUAAUUAAUUGAGUGGCAGCACUCUUCCCCUGAUGAUUAAAAUCGUCUGUCAUUAGACAGAGUAAAAUAAUCUGGUAUUAGACAAAGUAAAAUAAUAAAGGGUGCGUCGCCAAUUAAAGGGUUAAUACUUAACAGAGUGUUGAUUAACAGUCAAUGGACUGGCAGCACUCUCCCCCUGACAAGUAAAAUCAUCGGGUGUUAGACAGAGUAAAUAAUAAAGUAGGGCGCAUUGCCACUUAAAGGUUAAUAAUUUCCAAAAGUCAACUUUAGAUUUGAAUCGAGUAUAGACGUGUUUCUCUAGUUAAAAUAUUUAUUUUUUACAAGCUUUUGAUGGGUAGAUUAUAAAUUAUAAUAUUAUUAUAAUCUACCUGUUAUAAUCUACCCGUUGAAGACUGUAGACUGACAGUUGAAAGCUUGUAAAAAAUAAAUAUUUUAACCAGAGAACGUCUAUACUCAAUAUGAAUAAUUCUGGUUUCGCAUCAAACAUAUUUAAAUUUAGAUUUGAAGUUAGUUAUCUCUAACCUUAACAGCUUAACUACUUUAUUAUUUUAUUCCAUCUAAUGCCAGACUAAUUUACUCUGUCUAAUAACAGACAAUUUACUUGUCAAUGGGAGAUCACUGGUUUUCCAUGGGUUAAACUCCACAUCUUUAAAAUAUCAACAUUCAAAGUUAAUGUGCAUAAACAUUUUUUUGACAGGUCAAUAUCAACACCACUUACAAAUGGUGACUUAUCUCCAACGAAGACAAACACCGAAUCUCAGAACCUCACCCCCCUGAACAACUCUCCACUAAAUACCAUUACUCAGGAUCAGUCUGCAAUUACAGCAACCACUGCUGAAGUUACAUCAGAAGAAAAAACUGAGUCGCAAGCCAUUGAACAAAAUUCUGUUGACAGUAACACUUCAAUAAAUAUAACACAAGGCAAUGAAAGUGAACAAGAACAAUCGCAUGUUGCUAGAGACAUUGUACAAUGCUCAGAUAAUGGGGAAAAUGUUUUAAAAGUUGAUGAAAAUUCAGAGCAUACAUCAGCCACAGAUAAUGUACAAAAUUGUAAAGAAAAUGGUACAACUGACAAUGAUGCAAUCGAGAAAGAGGAGAUUGUUACAAAGAGUGAAACACCAACAGGUCAGUUGAAAAGGUUAUAA